AGGGAGAUGACGUCAUCAGGAGGUGUCUAGCUCGUAGAGACUGCUGGCGGUUAUGCAGGGAACCAUUUGAAGUGGAAUUGGUGGUGUCGGGGGGUGAAGGCGCACUGUGAGCAGACUGCAUAUGAUCUCCGCCCAGUACAGCUUGUCCAUCUCGUACUGUAUUACGCAGUCACUUAAAGAAGCAGAGCCAGGGCACCAUAGGAGAGUGGCUCUGCCCACCUAAAAAAGAAAACGUGUCAGCCACAAUUAUAAAAGCCAGAGAAGACCAGCCUGCACAGUUUAUUGUUUCCUCAGGGUCUACAGUAGUUGGAAAUGACAACGCCGAACAAAACCCCACCAGGCGCUGACCCUAAUCAGUUAAAAAGGACUGGUACUGUUCGAGAAAUUGGCUCUCAAGCGGUUUGGUCUUUGUCUUCUUGUAAACCAGGGUUUGGAGUCGACCAGUUACGAGACGACAAUUUGGAAACUUACUGGCAAUCUGAUGGAUCGCAACCUCACUUAGUGAAUAUACAGUUUCGAAGAAAGACUACCGUGAAAGCUUUAUGCAUUUACGCUGAUUACAAGUCCGACGAAAGCUACACACCAAGUAAAAUCUCGGUCAGAGUGGGAAACAACUUCCACAACCUUCAAGAGAUUCGGCAACUUGAACUGGUUGAGCCCAGUGGCUGGAUACACAUUCCUCUAACCGAUGCUCAUAAAAAGCCCAUUCGAACCUUUAUGAUUCAGAUAGCAGUGUUGGCAAAUCAUCAGAAUGGGAGAGACACUCACAUGCGACAGAUUAAAGUCUUCACACCAGUGGAAGAGAGUUCUAUUGGAAAGUUCCCCAGAUGUACCACUAUUGAUUUCAUGAUGCAUCGUUUCAUCAGGUGAUCUAACCACGAUUCAAUAAAGGGCUAACCCUAACAUUGUCACAUAUAAAUGCUUUUAUUUUCUUUUAUUGCUGUUGUCAAAAUGUAUAGUUUUAUUACCUGACACCAGUCUAUAACUUUUUAAUUUUCAGUCUGUUUUAUUAUAUUGGGGAACAGUUCAUUUGUUUCCUCAUUGUUCAUGGGUUUAAUUAUUGCCGUGUUCAUAUUUUUUAAGCUGACAUUUUUACAAACUGUACUACUGCUAUGAAAAAAAAAGAAAUUGAUGUUGCAUUCUUUCUGAGAUGUGUUCAUUGCACUGAAAUGUUCUUUAUGCCAAAAACAUGAUAACUUUUACUUUUGCUUUUAUUUUGUAUAUUUCUUUUUGAAUAAAUUAUCUAGUAUUUUUUGGGUAUCUCUUCACUUUACCAUUAUAUCAUCCAAAACCUGCAAUUUAAUUUAUAUGUUUUUGAACUGUGUCAGACAUCCUUGGCACGAUUGAACAAUAGAGUUGCUGCAAAUCAUUGCUUUUAUAGACCACUAACAAUCCAUUUGGUAAGCGAACACUAUUGCACUUCACUCUUUAUAAUUCAAUAAAAAUAAUUCAAUAAAAAUAUUUUUUGACCUGUCUUGGAA